AUGGAUGAAGUGGAGGGUUUGAAUGAAGUGGGGCUGCAUGGUUUGAAUGAUGAAGGGAAGUUGCAUGGAUUGAAUGAUGACGUCCAGAGGGAGGAGGAUGAGGAAGUAGACUUGGAGGAUGAGGAAGUAGACUUGGAGGAUGAGGAAGUAGACUUGGAGGAUGAACAACAGGUGCAGUGUUUAAAUGAAGUGGAGGUGCGGGGUAUGGAUGAAGUGGAGGGUUUGAAUAAAGUGGGGCUACAUGGUUUGGAUGAUGAAGGGGAGGUGCAUGGAUUGAAUGAUGACAUCCAGAGGGAGGAGGAGGAGGAGGAAGUAGACUUGGAGGAGGAGGAAGUAGAGUUGGAGGGUGAAUAA